AUGAAAGUCCCCACUGCCCUCCUCCUGGCCCUCCUGGGCCUGACAUCCUCCGCCAUCGCCGAUGGAGGCAAGAAAAAUGGGAAAUUCCGAUGCCUCGACCGCAAACACUACCUUCACAACGUCGGAAAACGCUACCGCGAGGAAUGCACAGGCAUCGGAUCGACUGUCGGCUCCACCUCGGCCACCGGCCACUGCAGGAUUACGUGCGACCACCUCCCCACCUACGCCGAGUGGGCCAAGACCUACGAGAAGGACGUGAUUCAGAGGAAGCUGGAGAGGGAGCUGAAGGCGCAGCGGGAGAAGCAGCGGAUGGAGGAGCUCGCGAAGAAGCUUGGCGUUCCUCCUAUUCCUGAUGCUCUUGUCGAGGGUACGGCUGCUCCGCCCUCGAUAGAGACGGAGGAGACAUCUCCCGAGGAGCCUGCGAAUGUACUCUCUCCUCGCUUCGAGUCUUCUCCCAACCCCGAGAUCACCACGGCACCGACCCCAAAACCGGCAAAUGUCGAGAUCACAAACACAUCGACUAAGCCCUGCAAGCCCAAGAAGAUCUCUGGCUACGACCCUCUUUGCACCCUCACUCGCAGAAUCCCCCGAUACUCCAAUAGCCAAGCCGCGCACUCUUCCUCACUCCAGGCAGAGGCUUCUUAUCCUGCGAGAGCCUCGCGCUACAGCGCAUUGCUCAUCGAUGCCAAGCCUACCGCCGUGGAGAAGACUGCCACCGUCACCGCCACCGUCGAAAAACUUGUCACCAAAUGCACGUCGUCAGUAAAGCCUUCAACAACCAAGGCCUCAACCACCAAGGCUACAACUCACAAGGCCGCCGGUAACAACACCACUCCUACUCCGACAACCCGUCAAUCCUCGGUAAAGAAGCAGACGGCGGCGACGAGCACGGCUACUACCUCUUCGGCGAAGGCCACCAAGACCGUACAUGUAGCCUCCGAGGGCUCAUGCAACGCUAUCAUCUGGUCGAUGCUCGUGGCGUGGAUUGGUGUUCAGGUUCUGUUCCUGACAGUCAUGUAG